AAGCCCGAACCAUUUUCUUAGGAGAGAGAGAGAGAGAGAGAGAGAGAGAGAGAAGCAUUUUGUUUUCUGAAUCGUAUAACAAUGUGGAGAUUCCUCGAGCGAAACUUGGAACACAAGGCCUUGAGGCUUUAAAGCAGCUACCUAGAGCAAAGGUCCAGUUAGCAACCAAAUUUGGCAUUUCAAGGAUGGAUUUUCCUAAUGUACAAGUCAAAGGCACACCAGAGUAGGUGAACUUAAGAAACUUGUGGAAGAGGGUAAAGUGAGGUAUAUUGGGUUAUCUGAAGCCAGUCCAGAUACAAUAAGGAGAGCACAUGCAGUUCAUCCCAUCACUGCUGUACAAAUGGAGUGGUCCUUAUGGAGUCGUGACAUUGAGGACGAAAUAAUUCCUCUGCAGAGCUUGGCAUUGGAAUUGUACUAUAUAGUCCUCUUGGUCGAGGCUUUUUCGGUGGCAAAGGAGUUCUGGAAAAUAUGCCUGCAUAUACAACCCUGUUAUCCAGCAGGUGAAAGGCAGGGACGAGUCGAAAUGGCUGAAGCAGAGAGUGUGCAGAUUCCUCAAGUCAAACUUGGAACUCAAGGCCUUGUGGUUUCAAAGUUAGGGUUGGGGUGUAUGACCCUUAGUGGACGCUAUAAUGAUCCACUUCCUGAAGAGGAAGGCAUAUCUGUUAUUAAGCAUGCUUUCAGCCAAGGAAUCACUUUUUUUGACACAUCUGAUGUCUAUGGGCUCGACCAUGCUAACGAAUUUUUGCUCGGAAAAGCUUUGAAGCAGUUACCUAGAGAAAAGAUCCAGGUAGCCACGAAAUUUGGCGUUGCAGUAGCAAAAUUUCCUAAUUUUCAAAUCAAAGGGACACCGGAGUAUGUGCGGUCGUGUUGUGAAGCAAGCUUGAAACGCCUUGAUGUUGAAUACAUUGAUCUCUAUUAUCAGCACAGGAUUGACCAAACAGUACCUAUAGAGGAAACAGUGGGUGAACUUAAGAAACUUGUGGAAGAGGGUAAAGUGAAGUAUAUAGGGUUAUCUGAAGCGAGUCCAGAUACAAUAAGAAGAGCACAUGCAGUUCAUCCCAUCACUGCUUUACAAAUAGAGUGGUCCCUAUGGACUCGUGACAUUGAAGAGGAGAUAAUUCCUCUCUGCAGAGAGCUUGGCAUUGGAAUUGUACCAUAUAGCCCUCUUGGUCGAGGCUUUUUUGGUGGCAAAGGAGUUCUGGAAAAUAUGCCUGCAAGUACAGUCCUGACUUUACAUCAUCCUCGGUUCCAAGCAGAGAACAUAAACAAGAACAAGAGAAUAUAUGAACAAAUUGAAAGCCUUGCUAAGAAAUACCAGAGCACUCCUCCCCAAUUGGCAUUAGCUUGGGUACUUCACCAAGGCAACGAUGUUGUUCCUAUUCCUGGAACAACUAAGAUUAAGAACCUGGAUCAAAACAUCGGUGCAUUAUCACUGAAAUUUACAGAAAGUGACUUGAGAGAAAUUUCCGAGGCAGUUCCCAUACAUGAUGUGGCAGGGUCUCAAUACUUCUUUGGAAAUGAUAAAGAUUCUUGGAAAUUUGCCAACACACCUCCAAAAGAUCCGAGGGUCUCCACUUGAAGCACUCUAAAUCCUUUUUAGUUGGAUAAUUUUCUAUUUUGUGAGCGGUCAUAUGUCAGAUGCAAAAGCUAGUACGACUAUAAGCUACUAAUGCAUUCUGUUGAUGUAGUAGAUAAGGAUAUUAAUAAACUUCAAUUUGAGUUUCUUUUCUGUUUAGCAA